UACUGUCUGUUUAAUGUGUCUACCAAUUGUUAACAACGAAAUGAGCAAUGAAACGGUUUUUAUUUUUGCUCUUAAUACUUGCGUUAAAACCCAGCAAGUGCUUCAAAUGUGCAAAAUCGGGGCUGGUAUGUGUUGAUUCUAAUAAUUUUCAAGAAUGUCAAAAUGUUCGUGGACAAUAUGUUUUGGUUGGUAGUCCAAUGUCGUGUGGUAACAAUAGAUUUUGUGAUGAUUCUAGCCGUUCAAUUGAGUGUGUUUCGACUCCUCCAAUUACUUCACCAACGCUAAUUACCAUACCAACAUGUAAUUCAGCAGAUACGUAUCCAGCACAAACCUGUAAUCAGUAUUACAAAUGCAUUUUAGUUAUGUCGUGGUACUAUGCACCGGAAUUGAAAGAUUGUCCAAAUGGGCAAGCAUACGAUAUAUAUUUGAAAACUUGUGCACCUGUAGCAACAGUUGAUUGUCAGAUAAGAACAAGAACCACUGUAAUUCUCCCGACAACUGUUCUGAAUCCUGUAACAACUUCAUUUCCAAAAAUUUUAUGUACAAAAAUCGGAUUAGUCUGUAUUGACUCGCAGCGUUUUCAAAAAUGUGGAAGCAUUGAAGGUCAAUUUGUUUUAAUUGGAAAUUUUAUGUCUUGUCCAGAUGGUCAAAUUUGUGAUGAUUCUAGCGAUUCAAUUCAGUGUGUUACGAAUCUACCAGUGUCCGCAAUAACGCCAAUUACUAUACCAACGUGUACUUCAAUUGGUAAAUAUCCAUCAGAGACUUGCAAUAAAUAUUAUGAGUGUAUAUUGGUUAUGUCUUGGUACUACGCUCCCGAACUAAAAAGUUGUCCUAUAGGAGAAGCAUACGAUAUAAAUACAGAGAAAUGUGCACCUGCGGCACAAGUUGAUUGUCAAUCGAGAACAAAAACUAGUGUUAGUCCUACUGCACCUCCAACAACCUCAACAGCAUUAAUUCCAACAUCAAAAACUUUGUGUUUAAAGCUUGGUUUGGUUUGCGUCGAUGCUAUACAUUUUCGAGAAUGUCAGAAUAUUGGAGAGGAAUUUGAUUUAGUAGGUAAUCCAAUGUCUUGUCCUGAUGGACAAAUAUGUGAUGAUACUAGAGGUUCUGCUGAGUGAGUGUGUUAUUAAUAGGCCUCCAUUUACUUCAGUAGCACCAAUUACAGUUCCAACAUGCACAUCAGAGAAUAAAUAUCCAUCAGAAUCUUGUUAUGAAUAUUUUGAAUGCAUACUUGUUAUGUCGUCGUAUUAUG